CUGGGGGCGUGGUGUACAGUACAAUCAGCUGAAAGAAACCUGUAAAAGCAGAAUUUCAUUUAGAGAGAGAAGAGCGACGGAGCUCGCAAGACAGGGUCUACAGAUAAUAAGUCAUAAGGAUAAGUCAGACUUUGUGAAAGACCAUGGCCACAGUGAGAGACAGGCUUCUGCAGGAGGUCAACCCUGGACACACUUCUGAGUCUGCAGCAAAAGUGACUCUUGUGGGAGUAGGACAAGUUGGCAUGGCCUGUGCUAUAAGCAUUCUUCAAUCAAAUAUAGCAGAUAAUGUAACCUUGAUUGAUGUGAUGGAAGAUAAACUGAAAGGUGAAGUGAUGGAUUUGCAACAUGGCAGCCUCUUUUUGAAGACCUCCAAGAUUGUAGCUGCUAAAGACUACUCAGAAACAGCUAAUUCAAAGCUGUGCAUCAUAACUGCUGGUGUUCGGCAGAAGGAAGGUGAAAGCAGGCUGAACCUGGUUCAGAGAAAUGUUGAUGUCUUCAAGCACAUCGUCCCUAGCCUGGCUAAGUACAGCCCGGAUGCCAUUAUUCUUGUUGUUUCCAAUCCAGUGGACAUCCUUACCUAUGUGGCUUGGAAGCUAAGCGGGUUCCCCAGCCACCGGGUCAUUGGCAGCGGCACCAAUCUGGACUCGGCCCGGUUCCGCUAUCUUAUGGGAGAGAAGCUGAGGAUUAACCCUAGCAGUGUCCAUGGAUACAUUGUGGGGGAACAUGGAGACUCUAGUGUUCCUGUCUGGAGUGGGACCAAUGUGGCUGGCAUUAGUCUCCAGUCUCUGAAUCCCCAGCUGGAAUCAGACCAGGACCCUGAGGGAUGGAAGGAAAUACAUAAAAAAGUGGUUGACAGUGCGUAUGAGGUGAUUAAACUGAAAGGAUACACCUCCUGGGCUAUUGGACUGAGUGUGGCCAGCCUUGCAAACUCAGUCCUGAAAAACCUCAAAACUGUGAACCCCAUCUCAACACUUGUCAAGGGCAUGCACGGGAUUAAGGAAGAGGUGUUCCUGAGUGUGCCCUGUGUCCUGGGCUCCUCUGGGGUGUGUGGGGUUUUGAAACAGCCCCUGAAAGAGACGGAGACCAGGCAGCUGCAGCACAGUGCGGAGACCCUCUGGAACGUCCAGAAAGACCUCAAGCUCUGAGACCCGAAGAUGAAGCCCAGGAUACCAGAGCAAAUGCAAAUCGUUAAAGCUUCAAGCUUUCCUGGGCUGCAAGUUCUUUUUGAAAGCCUUUGUCGAAACGAGCGCUGGUUCUGUUAGACGCUGUGCUUGUGCACGCUGUGGCAAUGACUGCUGUGAACGUUAUUCAGGAUGUGGUAAAGGGGUGGUUUAAGGAAAUGUUCAAAUUUAUGACUCAACCCCACAUUGGUAAUUUUAAAAUAUGUCUCAAUCCUGGUAGAUUAUGGUGAAAAGAUAAACUGAAAUAUAUAUUAUUUUGGGGAGCUUAGGACUUGUUUCAGGAAAUGACGCGUAAAGAGUUGGCUUUCACCACAGCUUCUCUAGUUUGUUGGCUUAUGGGCAUCACUGCAAUGUUUGGAGAGCUCUUUGUCUGAAUGGAAUUCAUGAGCACUCUUUGACAGCAAAUAUUAAAUACCUGAUUGAACAUGG